UAUUUUAUGUUACAAAUGUACAAAGCACCAUCAAACCCACAGUCGUUCCAUGCUAACGGGCGAGACACACCAAGAUCAGGGCGUGAGACAAAGCUAAUUAGAACAGCCAUGCCGAAAAGAAAGGGAAACACUGAAAGUGAUGCAAAAACAGAGCCUAAGAGGAGAUCGGAGAGACUAUCAGCUAAACCAGUGACUACAAAAGCUGAACCCAAGCCAAAGCCAGCAAAGAAGGAAAAGGCCCCUGCAAAGGGUAAAAAGGGAAAAGGCAAGGAAGAAACUAAGCAAGAAGAAAAGAAGGAAGAUGUUCCUUCAGAAAACGGAGAAGCUAAAAAUGAGGCACCUGCUUCAGAAGAAUCAGAAGGGAAAGAUGGAGAGUCUGAGUAACGAACACCUUUACAUCCUGUGGUCCCUGUACCUCUUUCUUGUAUAAUUCAGAGGAAUAUUUUUAUCAACUAUUUUCUAAGUACAAUUUUUUAGUAGUUUGAUUGUAGAAACACAUUUUUAAGAACAAGAUGAAUCUGGGGAAAGGAUUUUCAGUCAUAUCCUUUGUUUUAACUCCUUUUUGGUUUUUAAACAUCUUUUGGUUUUAUUUUAUAAUGGGAGGGUGGGAUGGAGUUGGGGCUGUACUUAAAGUUGCAUCACAUUCAAGAUACUGUUGACUAAGCUUGCCUGAUAGACUAACAUUCCAUAGGCUAUAAGGGGCAGAUUGUGUAACCUAUUGUAUUAAAGGAGGUAUUUAAAAAGGAAAAAUAAAAUACACUAUGUUUUUAAGUCUGUGUAUUCUGUAGCUUUUAAGUGUACCACAUUAGCAUUUGCUGUUGUGGGUCAAACUUUAUAAUUCGAUUUUCUUCCAUUUUCUGCUGUUCAUUGUGCAACAGUCACUUUGCUUUUUGUUUUGGUUUUAAUUUUUUGUGAUAGUCUUUGCAAUAGCAUUGUAUAACUGCUGUGUAAGGGUUAAGUUACUAUAUGGGAUGUAUGUGAUGGUACGUGGUAAGGAUGGUGAGUAAGACUUCCCUCUAUCAAACCUAGUUACUUGACACAACAGUGUUGCAUCUGUUUGUGGUACUGUUGAAGAAUGCUGAUUAAGUAAAUUGAGAUUGCUGUGAUCACUUGAAAUUAAGUGAAAUAUUGGCAAUGUCCUUAGGGCUGCAAGUCACACCAUUUUCAACUGUACAGAUUUUUUUAUAGCUGUGUUUUUUGUGUAAUACUGGGUGUAAACCAAUAAAGUGUUGGUUAUAAA